GGCGGCGUUGCGCGCACACCGAGCUUCAGCCGGGCUCGAGCGGCUGUCGGAGCGCACCGGGGCGACCGGGCUGCAGCCGCCCCGAAGCCACGGCUCCGCCCCCCUCCUGGGGAUACGUAUCCGCCAACCUGGUGGCCGUAGUGAGUCUGUCUUGAGCGACAGGUUCAGGUGGCCAAAAUGACUGAGACUCUGGACCUGGAAAAGGGGUGCACAGUGGACCAACUUCUACAUGGCUGCAUCGAGGCCUUUGAUGACGAGGGCAAAGUCCGCGACCCCCAGGUGGUCCGCAUGUUCCUCAUGAUGCACCCCUGGUACAUCCCUUCCUCCGCGCUGGCAGCCAAGUUACUUCAGAUUUACCAGGAAUCCCGUGGCUCCGAAAACAGUUCCCUUCAGGUGAAAACAUGCCACCUGGUCAGAUACUGGAUCUCGGCAUUCCCAGCAGAAUUCGAUCUUAACCCGGAGUUGGCAGAGCAGAUCAAGGAGUUGAAGGAACUUCUGGGCCGGGAGGGGAACCAGUGCCACAGCAGCCUCAUUGACAUAGAGAGCGUCCCUACGUACAAGUGGAAGAGGCAAGUCACCCAACGCCAACCCCUGGCACAGAAGAAGCGCAAGACGUCGCUGCUUUUCGACCACUUGGAGUCCGGAGAGCUGGCGGAACACCUCACCCACUUGGAGUACCGCUCCUUCAGCAAAAUCCUGUUCCAGGACUACCACAGUUUCGUCAUGCACGGCUGCACAGUGGACAACCCAAUCCUGGAGCGAUUCAUCACCCUCUUCAACAGCGUCUCCCAGUGGGUGCAGCUCAUGGUGCUCAGCAAACCCACCGCUCAGCAGCGAGCCCAGGUCAUCACCCGCUUCGUCAUGGUGGCCCAGAGGCUGCUCCAGCUGCAGAAUUUCAACACGUUGAUGGCCGUGGUGGGCGGUCUCAGCCACAGCUCCAUCUCUCGCCUCAAGGAGACCCACAGUUUCGUCAGCCCCGAGACCACCAAGGUCUGGGAGUCGCUCCUCGAACUGCUAUCGUCGGCAGGGAACUACAGCCGUUACCGGCGCCGCUUCGCGGAGUGCGUGGGCUUCAAGUUCCCCAUCCUGGGCGUCCACCUCAAAGACCUGGUGGCCGUCCACGUGGCCCUCCCCGACUGGCUGGACCGCGCCCACACGUGCCUGAACGGGAACAAGUUGCAGCAGCUCUUCAGCAUCCUCAGCGACCUGGCCAUGGUCCAGAGCAUCCGGCCCCCGUUCGAGGCCAACCCUGACCUCCUCAACUUGCUCAUGGUCUCUCUGGACCAGUACCAGACAGAAGAGGAGAUCUACCAGCUCUCUCUACAACGGGAGCCACGGAACAAGUCCACGCCUUCCAGCCCCACGUCCUCCACCCCACCACCCCAGCCCGUCGUGAUUGAGGAGUGGGCAUCGGUGCCCAAACCCAAGCCGGACCAGGCGGUUGUGCGCAAACACAUCGAGAAGAUGGUCGAGUCUGUCUUCCGGAACUUUGAUGUGGAUGGAGAUGGACACAUUUCCCAGGAAGAGUUCAAGAUCAUCCGAAACAAUUUCCCGUACCUGUGCAAAUUUGGAGACCUUGAUGAGAAUCAGGACGGCUGCAUUAGUCGGGAAGAGAUGAUCUCCUACUUCAUGAAGUCCAGCAUGGAGCUCAACGGCAAGAUGGGUUUCAUCCACAGCUUCCACGACACCACUUUCCUGCGCCCGGUGGCUUGUCGCCACUGCAAGGGCCUGAUCCUUGGACUCUACAAGCAGGGGCUAAAAUGUCGAGCCUGCGGCGUGAGCUGUCACAAACAGUGCCGGGACCUCCUUUCCGUCGAGUGUCGCAAACGCACCAAGAGCGUCAGCCUGGAUGGACCAGCAGCACUGCCGGCCCGUUCCUUCAGCUUCUCCCUGCCACGACCUGGGCGGACGUCCCUGCGGCAUACAGAAAUCCAGGAGGAAGAUACACAGGCUGUGGAAGACGGGGUCUUUGAUGUCCACCUAUGAGGCUGACGCUGAGGGGCUGCCUGGAAUCCAGGCAUCAGAAACUUCCCCGUCUCUCUCUUCUUGCUAUCCUCAGCCAGCGUACCAGCAAGUCCUCUGCUGCGUCCCAGCGAUGUCCCCGCCUCCUCCCGACUGUGUGUGUUUUUAGGUGGUGGUGGUGGUGGUGGUGGGUGCGGUAGGCUGAGAGAUGAUCCGCUGAGACCCCCGGCUUAGGGAACCUUCUUUGGAUCACCUCUCUCUCUCUUCCACACCGGCUUCGGCGAGGGUUUCCUUGGCUGGGCGAAAGGAUUGGGGCCUCUGCUGUCAAUCACAGGCUGUUCCAGAACGUGUGUAUAUUUGUAUCAAGAACUGGAUUUCGAGGUGUAAGAAUAAUGAUAAUAAAUUUGACACUUCCUGCA